ACGCAUAACUUUUACUCUAUUUAAUUAUAUGUACACGUAAACUCGUGAAACGAGUGGGAUACUUUGUAUCUGUCAGGGUUAGGUUUAGUUCUGUUAGUUUCUCUAAGCUUUUAGACCUGGCGUGCCUCACCCACUACCCGGACCGCUCACUCUGUGUAUUUUUCCACAAUAGGGAAAUUUGCCGCCUAUGUGGUGAGUUGUGGAUCUUCAUUCACUGUCUGCUCUAAAGAAGAAAGGCAUCAUCAAAAAACUAAAUUCUGUCCUAAAGCAAAAACAAAACAUAAAAGACACAAACUGCCAUGUGGGGUCAGAAAGGGGAGGCCAAGCUUCUGUGACACGGUCACUAGCACCGCCCCUGUUAGUUGACGUCUUAUUGGAGAAAAUGUUUACCUUCAGUUUGGAAGUUGGAAGUCAAGAAUCAGGAUUUCUUUUUCAUUUCAUUAGAAUUCAUAUGAAAUUGGCCUUCAACGCUGUUUCCAGAAUCCAGCUGUUUCAAAUGGAGUAUUGUCAUGUGUGAAACCUAGGCAGAGACAUUUAAUCUCUGUCUCCAGGAAUCUGCCAGUUGCAAUAAAACUUUUAGUGGCAAUACACAAUCAAGAGGGACCUCCCUCCUGGGAAGCAGAUUUUUACUUUUGUGCAAGACAGUGAAGACACCCAUUUGGCCAGCGGUGGCUCAUUCAUCUAAUGUGCUGAAGAAACCAGCUCAUCAAGUCUGAACAUUGAACUGUCUCCACCUUAAAACGGAAUUAAUAAAUCUGCAUUUCACUAUAUAUAUGAACAUGAUUAAGUUAGGAUUUAUCUUAUCCAUUACUGUUGUCACUUUGAACUUCAAACUGUGUUUCAGUGCAUGUGGUCGGGCUGAGUAUGAGAUAAACGGAGAAUGCUGCCCCAUGUGUGUGCCAGGAAACCGUGUUCUUUGGCAUUGCACUGAAUAUACCAGCACCACUUGUGUUCCAUGUCCUGAAUUAACUUACACAGAUGAACCCAACGGACUCACAGCAUGUUUUCCCUGCUGGGUGUGUGAUGCAGAACAAGGACUAAGAGUAAAUAGAACCUGCACACGCUCUGCAGAUACUGUUUGUGAGCCACUGGAAGGAUUCUACUGCAUUGAGCAAAAUAAAGGCAGCUGUAGAUUCGCUGUCAGACACUCUGAAUGUCAUCCUGGACAAUAUAUCAGACAAUCAGGAACAGCAUUUACUGAUACUGAUUGUGGUAACUGUGCAGAAGGCACUUACUCUAAUGGCUCUUUCACUACCUGUCGACCACAUUCAAAAUGUGAGACUGAAGGCUCUAAAGAAAUAAAACCAGGAACAAUGUCAUCUGAUGUGGAAUGUGAGAAGUCAAGUUCAGUUAGUACUACUGUUGGAGUCAGUGUUGGAGUCAUUGUUGGAGUCAUUAUUGGUGUUUUGGUGACUGCUGUUGGGAUCAAAUUAAAACAGAAAAGACAAGACCUUGACAGAGAUUCAAAUUAUGCAAUACCAAUACCAGAGAGUAAUUCCGCUGGGCUGGAAGAGAGACCAAUACCGGAGGGUGCCUGUGAACCAACAUCACUAGACUCUGAGACUUCUCUUAUACCUAGAAAUAGUAGUGAUAUUGUAAACCCUGUAACUUUUACAACCUUGCAACCUUCUAGACCAGUCUUCAAAUCACAUUCAGAACAGGCUUCGCAACAGAAUACAGACAAAAGAUCUCUCUUCUCUGGGAUGGAAUCGGAAGCUGAAAGUGAUCAUGACAAAGCAAGAGUCCUACUCGCCCUGCGAUGUGCGGGCCUCGAACCUGGGUCUCCAGCAUGGGAGUCGGACGCUCUAACAAGGAGGUAUGACGAGCAAAUCGUGCCACAGAUAACCUAGCGAAGGAGACAGUCGUGUACUUUUACGUGAGAGAAGGGGUGUGUGACCACCACAGACGCGUGACACCAACAUUGUUGAAAAAUACGGAACUACGGAUCCACUGCUUUGUGGAUAGGCGGAAGUUAACUGACGUCAUUGUGAAAAGGGCCUAUUGGGACGGCUCAGACUAAAUACUUGGGGUUUCAAGUCUAACAACAGCACGAGGGCGUGGCUUGUUCGCAAGGUCAAGGAUCAUGCGCUGUUUACAUGCCCCGAAAAGACGGCGAAACAGCCCCAGAGAAACAACGUCGGUCUAGGUUACUUAAAGGUCCUCUGUUUCCUGUGCAUAAUGGCAGAGGCAGACCAGACCAGAAAUACUCUAGAAUGGCUCCCUGGUUGUUGAACAUCUAAAAAAACACUGUGUCUGGCUUCGUCACCAAUAAAUCGGACCUCAGCACUGUACUAGAAUGCCACAAGAGAGAAACACUGACAUUUUUCAUUGUUUGGUCUGAUGAUAAAAGAAAGAAAGAAAAAGGGCCACAUCGUCUGGUUUGGCAGGUGGAAGAUUUAUCAGAGGAUGUACCACUUACCACACGUACCACCUACCUAAGCAUUGUUGCAGACCAUGUACACCCUUUUAUGGAAACUGUAUUCCCUGGUGGCUGUGGCCUCUUUCAGCAGGAUAAUGCCUCUGCCACAAAGGAAAAAUGGUUCAGGAAUGGUUUGAGGAGCACAACGAGUUUGAGGAGGUAUAUGGCUGUGAGGUACAGUCAUACUAAUGAAUUGGGAGGAUUCUGGGAAUAUGGUAGUCUCUGCUCUGCACCACAAAAAGAUGCCAGCAGUUGGGGGGCUUUUGUACUACUGAAUGCUCUAGCCCUGACGAGAGGCAUCGGUCCAAGCCAUCUGACACAACGCCAUGCAGUGGAAAUGAGGAAGUUUGUGUACCACAAACUCAAACAAAAUGCAUUAUGUUAAUGGUUUAGGUAACCCAAAAAUGAAAAUUCUGUCAUUAAUUACUCGCCCUCAUGUCAUUCUAUACCCAUAAGACCAUCGUUCAUCUUCAGAACACAAAUUAAGAUAUUUUUGAUAAAAUCGGAGAGGUUUCUGAUUCCCAAGAGAAAGCAACAUAAUUACCACAUUCAUAGAUGCAAACUCCUCACCUUUCAGUGACAACUCACCUUUUUGAGAUCAAAAUGGGUCACUUAUGGGAUUUGCAUAGAUCCAAUGUUUUUAUGGGGUGGGGGGGUCUGAGAUGUGGGAACGGUGAAGAGAGAGAGGGCAAACAGUUUGCAGUUUAGCUCAGUAUUGCCGUCUAAUCAGCCAAUAUUGUCUUAAAUAGCCAUAGCACUUCAUCUUUUUAUAACAUGAGGUUUUGACCAAAUGUAGCCUAUUCAAUCUUGAUUUUGGUGAAAUGUUGCAACAUUUUUUUGUGUGCGUGUGAAAUUACAGUUUUGGACAUACAUGGUAAUAACAAAUAAAUUAAAAAAUCAAAGUAACUACAAAUGAGCAUGUAAAGCAAAUAUCUUUUAAAAAAAUUAUGUUCGGAGCAUGCCCCCGCCCUAAUGUUCUCACUUUUUUCCCCCCUUACCUGUUUGCAUCCCUGAGGUCCAGAGAAGUAGUAAAAACAUAAUAGAAAUAAAAACUAAAAUAGUCAAUGUGACUACAGUGGUUCAACCUUAAUGUUAUGAAACAAAAAUAAUGACUUUAUUUAAUUUCUUCUCUUACCUGUCCUACUCUGUUUACGUUGUAGAGACAGAGAAGUGUUUCCGGGUUCUACAUCAGAACGCCGGCUCAUAAUUGGUCUGCCUCAGUAUCACACACAUGCGUUGUGUUGCUCAUGUGAAGAACAUCGGCCAAAUUGAGAUUCGCGUUCUGAUGUAUAACCUGGAAGCGCUGCACUGUCUCUACAACUGUCUCUGUAAUUAAUAACAGAAAUUUCAUUUUUGGGUGAACUAACCCUUUAAUAUUUGUUCUUUUCUUCCCUUGAGUGCUUUCCCUACUUUUUACUUUCUCUUUCAUAGUGUCACAGCACCUGACUCUGUGUUUACCGUUACGUCAUUGACCCCAUCUCCAAUGUGUUUGCUGCACCGUGGCAUAAAAUUGGAGUCAAGACGCCACUCGCGAGGCCUUCUGUUGUUGUGUUAUAGCCUCUGUCUGUGUUUUCUAGGGACUACAGUGUAGACCCUGUGAGAUUAGAUUAGCAUGUUCUCAGUUUGUGUAACUGUACUCUUGUGUAUCUGUAAUCAUUCAUCUUGCCUCUCAUGUCCCUUGACCAAUUCUCCUCCCCUUCCCAAUUUGUUACUCAUUUGUAAUUUGUAAUAACUUUUUUUGCAUAUGUGUAAAUAGUAUAUUUUCUUUUUUUCUUUCUAUUUCUUCAUUGUAAACACAUUUUCCCCUUCUCAUGCUAUUUUCAUACCCUUACAUAUUGUAAAUAAAUCAUUUGCUUGUUCA